AAUAUCUUCAUCAUGCUGCGUCUCAAUAAUUUCAACAGAUUGGUUAGGCCGACGUUGCAAAUUGUCGGAGUAAGAUCCAACUCCGAGAUCCAUCAUCCUCCCGGUAAUGAACCAGCAAUUCCUGUAUAUGUUCCUCGUCUUCAAGAAGACAUCAAGUUAAAAAAAGCUAGACUUGUAUACCAAUCCCGUAAACGAGGUAUGCUGGAAAAUGGACUUGUCUUGAGUACAUUCGCUAAAAAAUAUUUAGACACAUUUAAUGAAAAACAACUGGCGCUCUAUGAUGAAUUGAUAAACCUACCUUCUAAUGAUUGGGAUUUAUAUUACUGGGCUAUCGGUAUGAAACCAACUCCCGCUGAGUUUAAUCAUGAGAUAAUGGAUUUACUUAAGACACAUGUCCGCAAUGAUGACCGCCAAUCACGAAUUGUACAACCUGAUUUGUAUUAA